GACACUCCGACAUGGCUGAGCCGUGGUCUUCCCGCACUUCGGAGGAGAUCGUGGACACCGAGGAGCGCAAAGAAGCCGAGUCCAAGAGCCCAGAGCAGAAGACGCCGAAGCAGGAGACACCCGUGCGCCGCCAACGCCGCCGCCGCCGCCCAGCAGACAGCUUCGCCAGUUUCGCCACUUACUUCCGCAGGGUGCUGAAGCGGGUGCACACAGGCCUGAGCCUCUCGCGGGAGGCCGUGAGCGUCAUGGAUUCGUUCGUUAAGGACAUCUUCGAGCGCAUCGCCAGCGAGGCCGCGCGCCUGGCCCGCUCCAAAAACCGCGUCACCAUCACCUACGAAGACAUCCAGAGCUCGGUGUGCCUGCUGCUGCCUGGGAAGUUCGGCAAGUCUGCCGUGUCCGAGGGCACUAACGCUCUCAUCAAGUACAUCUUAUGCGAAUGA